CGCUAUUUACCGCGGCAGCGCUGCGAUGAUGAUAUCACAAUCUCCGCUUCCGAUCCUCGAUUGUGUCCACUGCGUCUCCGACCCUUAAUCACCUUCGCGCCAGCGAUCCACCCCUCGGACUUGCACCGGACGCUUUAAUCUCCACUGGUUCGUGUGCGGUCCAGGGGAGAUUGUGUCCGCGGCGGAUGCCGUUUUCGCGACGCUGGUGUGGCUUGGCUUGGAAUGCCGCUGCGCAUUUGAACUCAUGCAUGGCUCUCGUACCAUGACUUGUCUGUUUUGGUGACUCUGUUCUGAGUAGGCCAUCGGAUAGCUCCAUUCGGCGGAUUUUCAGCGCUGCUCAGUUCAUGAAUAGCUCCUCCUGCGAGAGUGAUUUGCAAUUAAGGAGAUGCGUUCCAGAUAGAGGUCGAAUCUUAUCUCAAUCAGCUUCAGGAAUGGCGGAUGGUGAUUUUGAUAUUCCGGACGCUGAAGAGGUUGAAGAAACUGGAGAGGAAGUAGAUUAUGAUCCCCAGACAGUAGGGAAGGUUCAAGAAUUGAUCAAGGGCGGAGGGUUGCAAAAGCUUAUUACCAAAGCUGGAGAAGGGUGGGAGACCCCUGAUACUGGCGAUGAAGUCUCAGUGCAUUACACUGGGACUCUACUCGAUGGGACGAAGUUUGAUUCAAGUCUGGACAGAGGGCAGCCUUUCACCUUCAAAUUGGGUCAAGGUCAAGUGAUCAAGGGAUGGGAUAAGGGCGUUGCAACCAUGAAGAAGGGGGAGAAAGCUACAUUCACGAUAUCCCCAGAAAAUGCUUAUGGAGAAGCUGGGUCACCUCCCGUUAUCCCGGCUAACGCAACUUUGAAGUUUGACGUAGAGCUCCUUCAUUGGGCUAGUGUGAAGGACAUUUGCAAGGAUGGUGGCAUUAUUAAGAAAAUUGUUACGGAAGGCAAAAAGUGGGAGAAUCCAAAGGAUCUUGAUGAAGUUCUCGUGAAGUACGAAGUGAGACUCCAGCGACAUCAGACAGUAGUGGCGAAGUCCCCAGAAAGUGGAGUUGAAUUCACUGUCAAAGAUGGGCAUUUCUGUCCUGCGAUUGGCCAGGCAGUGAAGACUAUGUUAAAAGGAGAGAAAGCACUACUGACAGUGAAGCCCCGAUAUGGAUUUGGAGAGAAGGGAGCAGCUCCCUCUGGAGAUGUGAAAGCUAUUCCGAGUGAUGCAGUUCUUGAAAUCGAGCUUGAGCUCAUUUCAUGGAAAGUGGUAGAGGAGGUCACCGAUGAUAAAAAAGUGAUCAAGAAAAUUUUGACGGCAGGCGAAGGCUAUGAGAAGCCCAAUGAUGGAUCGACUGUUAAAGUGCGGUACGUGGCCAAGUUGGAGAAUGGAACGAUCUUUGAGAAGAACGGUCAGGAUGGCGAGGAACUGUUCCAAUUUGUCACUGAUGAAGGACAAGUUAUCGAUGGUCUUGAUAAGGCUGUGCUUACUAUGAAGAAAAAUGAGCACGCUCUUGUUACCAUCUACCCGGAAUACGGAUUUGGAGGAGAGGAGACAAAGCGGGAUCUGGCCAUAGUGCCCGCUAAUUCUACUCUCUUUUACGAGAUUGAGUUAGUAGAGUUUAUUAAGGAAAAGGAAUCUUGGGAAUUAGAGGUUCCCGAGAAAUUAGAGCUGGCUGCGAAAAAGAAGGAGGACGGUAAUGCGCUUUUCAAGGCUGGCAAUUACGCACGGGCAUCUAAGAGAUAUGAGAAGGCGGUAAAAUUGAUAGAGUAUGACAGCAGUUUCGACGAUGCUCAAAAGAAGCAGGCUAAGACUCUUAAAGUUAGUUGCAAUCUCAAUAUGGCUGCAUGCAAGUUAAAGCUUAAAGACUACAGAGAGGUGGUGAAAUUGACUACCAAGGUUCUGGAGUUGGAGUCUUCGAAUGUGAAGGCCUUGUACAGGAGAGUGCAAGCUUACAUUGAAUUGUUGGACCUUGAUUACGCGGAGACAGACAUCAAGAAGGCCCUGGAUAUUGAUCCCCAGAAUCGGGAGGUAAAACUUGAAUACAAGCGCUUGAAACAAAAGCUGGCUGAACAAAACAAGAAAGAAGCAAAGUUGUAUGGCAACAUGUUUGCUCGCCUCAGCAAGAUGGAAGCAGCAGAGAAGAAAAUGGAGCCAGCCAACGGCGCUGCAGCCGCGCCAGAGCCCAUGGUUACUACAUAACGGAAUGAAGCGUAGUAUAUAACGCAGGAAAAUAGACAUGGCUUUCAAUACUUGUGCAAGGUUGUAUUGACAGUAUGUGGUUACCAAUUUUGAUCAUGGCAAUGCAAUGAAACUUUCCAGUUCGUAUGCAUGUAUUAAGUUCUAGUUAGGAAGGAACAACCGUAUGUGUAAGGGGAAAGAAAAAUUGGUUGGUAGAAAGUCCUAUUGCUGAAUUGUUCGUAGCAGAGCCCCUUAACAUGUGUUCGUUUCUCUUAUUGAUAAUCUCAUAAUUCGAGGUGACGACACUCAGUCAGAACAGGAUUUUUACCUCUAA